AUGCCCAUCACAAACGAUGCAGAUUUAGGUGGGAAUACCGAUCAAGAAGCCCAGGUCACCAACGGUCAUGCCUCUCGUGGGAAAUGGCUUCAAAACGAAGAUGCUGAACUAGAAGCUAGCCGUUGGUGGUUCCUCUCAGCGGCAUUCCCUAUGACCGCAGGGGCUCUAGGUCCCGUAGCUUCGGCGUUUAGUAUCUGUUCCCUAGUUGAGCCAUGGCGACAGCAUCUCGUUCCCGGGGGAGCUAUCCAGGACGCCGCUCCAGUCCCGGACCCGACGUGGUUGACGAUUGUCGAGGCCAUCCAGCUUGUUAUCGGCAUCAUCUCCAACAUAUUUCUUCUCCUCAACAUGGCAAGACGAGUCCAAUUUCGCCUGGCCCAGCCCAUCACAAUAAUUGGAUGGUACGCCUCUGCUCUAUGCCGCAUGUCUCUGAGCGCUGCUGUCGCUCGGCCUCUCAAAGACAUUGGGUUCCCUCAAAACGAGGUUGUCUGGUCUCAGGCAUUUUACUAUGGCAUUUGGGCAGCCAUCCUCUAUUUCGUCGAUGCUUCGCUCAUGGCGGCUACCUUCUGGGGUGCUUUGACUGGUCGCUACCGGAAGGACUUUAUACUGACCUUAAGUCAACGCACUCUAAUGUUACAGACCAUUAUGUUCCUUACAUACCUCCUCCUUGGCGCCUAUGUCUUUUCCCAAGUUGAAGAAUGGAACUACCUGGAUGCUGUGUAUUGGACCAUCGUUACCCUCUUUACUGUUGGCUUUGGUGAUUACUAUCCUAAUACUACUCUUGCAAGAGCGCUCCUGAUCCCAUACGCGCUCACUGGUAUUAUAACUCUUGGUUUAGUCAUCAGCUCAGUUAGGAGUCUAAUGCUCGAGCAUGGACGACGCUGCGUCGCAGCCCGAAUGGAAGACAGGAAGCGACGCAAGAUGAUCCGGACUAUAACACGCAGUGAUGACGAUAAAGUUCUCGAGCCCAUCCGCCAACAGUUCGAAAUCUCACACACACAAUCAAACAAAGCGCCGGCAAACGAGUUCGAGCGCCGCAAGGCCGAGUUUGCUCUGAUGCGCAAGAUUCAGGCCAAGUCCUCAUCUCACGGAAGAUGGGCAGCUAUGGCUAUCUCUACGUUCUCAUGGCUCGUUCUAUGGCUCGUGGGUGCUGUUGUCUUUGAGAAGGCUGAGAAUCCCUAUCAAAACUGGUCAUACUUUAACGCUUUCUACUUCUGCUUCGAGGCCUGGACGACUAUCGGAUAUGGUGAUCUCGCCCCUAUAUCUAAUGCAGGCAGAUCUUUCUAUGUCUUUUGGUCUCUCCUAGCAUUACCCACGAUGACGGUACUUAUCUCACAUGCUAGUGAUACUGUGGUUAGGAUCAUCCGAGAUGGUACUAUUCUACUUGGAAAUGUCACGAUCCUGCCGAACGAUGGAGGCUUUUUCGGAAACAUGAAGCAUAUCAUCAGCAAGAUUACGUUCGGUAAGGCCUUCCCAGGUCACCUGGACUCUGCAUCUACAGAGUUGGCGGCACCCUCGAAGAACAUCGAUCAACCAUUAGCUGGGACCGUGAACGAGGCCUGCGAACCAACUCUCCAAGACGACAACAGAGGCUGCCCCAGUGCCUCUGCUGUCGGCCAAGGGGUUUCACAGGACAGCCGCCGAUCACACACUCGUACUGCUCCAUCGAUUUUCACCUCCGAAUUGCGCUGCAAUCAUCACAAUGGGCUUCCCACAGGCACUGACUUCCACUUCCUCCUUAUCUCCGAGAUCAAGGUCAUCGCCACCCACCUCAAAGAAUCCAAGCCGCAUCACUACACUUUCGACCAAUGGGCCUGGUACCUCAAACUCAUGGGCGAAGAUGAACACAAUGCACAGAUGCACUGCAAGGCCACGCCGAAGGGAAAGGCCCGGGGUCCUAGCCAUGGGGACCCAGAUAUGGAGCUGACGUGGUCGUGGGUCGGGCCUGGCAGUCCUUUAGUGGGUAGUCAGGAGGAGAGCGAGUGGAUUUUUAACAGGCUGGUGGAUAGGCUGUGGGAAUCGCUGUCGUCUGAGAGGAGGCGGAGGCUGUGGGACCUUGCCAGGGAAGUGUAUCCAGAGCUAUAG